GGUGAUGUUUACCGCAGAAGGGAAGACCGUCCUGGGUCUGCUAACGAACCGCUGCUCGAUGUACCACCACCGCCCGUUUCACAGAAUUAAUAAUUCGCCGAUACAGCAGAUAUUAGACACAUAAUUGAUAACAUAACAUCGUUUCCCGGAGAGCAACGCCCCGCUGGUGCUAACGAGCUAACGUUCAUGUCGGACGGACUUCCUCUGAGCUCGGAUAUUUCUACGACGAGCUGGCGGGUCUUCAUCCCAUCCUGCCUAACAUCCUGCUCAGGGGCUUCACACAUUCAGUCAUCGUAGCUCUGUCCGUCUGCACAGCAGCUGCGUCAGACCGGCCUGACGCCUUUCAUCAGAGGCUGCAAGUAGCCAGAGCCCAUGGUAAGCACAGCACACGGAUCUUAGAGCCACAAAUUCUGGAGAGUCGGUGCGCUGCCAUCCAGUAUCGAGCAAAGAAGUAUUUAGAGGGAGGUGAAGGUCCUCGACACAGGGCAGCAGAGCUAGCGAUGCCCGGAUCCACGCCGGCAAGCAGCAAGGCUCGGGUGUACACCGAUGUCAACACACAGAAGAACAGAGAGUACUGGGACUAUGACGCACAUGUGCCAAACUGGAGCAAUCAAGACAACUAUCAGUUGGUGCGUAAAUUGGGUAGAGGGAAGUACAGUGAAGUAUUUGAGGCCAUAAAUGUGACCAACAAUGAGAAAGUGGUGGUGAAAAUCCUCAAGCCCGUCAAGAAGAAGAAGAUCAAACGUGAAAUUAAAAUUCUUGAAAACCUGCGAGGGGGAACCAACAUCAUCCGCCUCGUCGACACGGUCAAAGACCCGGUGUCCAGAACACCAGCGCUUGUCUUUGAGUGCAUCAAUAACACAGAUUUUAAGGAGCUUUACCAGAAGCUGACAGACUAUGAUAUCCGUUACUACAUGUAUGAGCUGCUCAAGGCUCUGGACUACUGUCACAGUAUGGGGAUCAUGCACAGGGACGUGAAGCCCCACAAUGUGAUGAUCGACCACCAGCUGAGAAAGCUGCGUCUUAUAGAUUGGGGUUUGGCAGAAUUUUACCAUCCCGCUCAGGAAUACAACGUCAGGGUGGCCUCCCGUUAUUUCAAAGGCCCUGAGCUGCUCGUGGACUAUCAGAUGUAUGACUAUAGUUUGGACAUGUGGAGUCUAGGCUGCAUGUUGGCCAGCAUGAUCUUUCUGAAGGAACCGUUUUUUCAUGGCCAGGACAACUACGACCAGCUGGUCCGCAUUGCUAAGGUUCUCGGCACCGAUGAGCUCUUCGGCUACCUGCACAAAUAUCACAUAGAACUGGACACUCGCUUCAAAGACCUGCUGGGACAGCAAGCACGGAAGCGUUGGGAGCAAUUCAUCCAGUCAGAGAACCAGCACCUGGUGAGUCCGGAGGCUCUGGACCUGCUGGACAAGCUGCUGCGCUACGACCACCAGCAGAGGCUGACGGCAGUUGAGGCCAUGCAGCACCCAUACUUCUAUCCUGUGGUGAAGGAACACGCCAAUACAGACGGCACAAAGGCCAUAAGCAGCUCCAAUGCAACAUGAUAACCAGAGAGCAGGAAGAAUCUUUGUUACCUCAACUUGUGACCUUUUCGUGGCAGAAACCUCUGCCUCCACACCAACAGCCAUACUGGAGCAAGAUGUCAACUUUGCAGCAUACACAAACACGCACGGAUUAAACUUCUCCCAACAAAGCCCGGGGAAUCUGCGCUGCUUGGUCCGUGUCACAAAAAAUCAGAUCUGAAAUCAGAUCUGACUCUCCACCUCCUCCUCUUCCUCUUCCUCCUCCUGCCUACCAACACUCCUCUCAACCUGUUUUUAAAAAAGUGACUGUUGUUGGAUCAGUAUCAAGCCGGUGUUGUGCUGUAAAGACGUCAUUACGAUGCUGUGGUGACCAGAGAUUCAGUUCCAGGUUUUAGCACUGAGUGGCAUGGAGGCUCUUUUCUGCUAUGGAUAGAACAAAAGCUAUAUUGAAAGAGAAUAAACCGUUUUUAUUUAAA